CAACUCGAGGUGGAAAUUCUGGUUUCCCUGGCACAGAGCUCCUGCUGCUUGCUGGCUUUGGCAUGAUGGGUGCCUGGAGGGCCGCGCUCCCUUUCCAGCCAGGCUGAGCCUUUGUCCCCUACCUCUGGGGCCCAGGAACCCUGUCCUUCUUUCUCUCGGAUGGCACUCCCACCCCAGAGUCUGGACGCUGGGGUUUCUCACCGCAACUGGCUCAAGGAGCCAUCUGUGACAGCCUCUGGCUGAGCAUGGCCCUCCCAGCCCUGGGCCUGGAUCCCUGGAGCCUGCUGGGCCUUUUCUUCUUCCAACUGCUCUUGCUGCUGCUGCCGCCGCCGCCGACUGCCGGAGGUGGUGGGCAGGGGCCCAUGCCCAGGGUCAGAUACAAUGCAGGGGACCCACGCAGGGUCCUUGGCCUCUUCCAGCAGAAGGGCCUCCAAGAUUUCGACACCCUGCUCCUGACUGGUGAUGGGAACACUCUAUAUGUGGGAGCUCGAGAGGCCAUUCUGGCCUUGGAUAUCCAGGACCCAGGAGUCCCAAGGCUGAAGAACAUGAUACCCUGGCCGGCCAGCGAGAGAAAAAAGCAUGAAUGUGCCUUAAAGAAGAAGAGCAAUGAGACGCAGUGCUUCAACUUCAUCCGUGUGCUGGUCUCUUUCAACGCCACCCAUCUCUAUGCCUGUGGCACCUUCGCCUUCAGCCCCGCCUGCACCUUCAUUGAACUCCAAGAUUCCUACCUGUUGCCCGUCUUAGAGGAAAAGGUGAUGGAGGGGAAAGGUCAGAGCCCUUUUGACCCCGCUCACAAUCACACUGCUGUCUUGGUGGAUGGGAUGCUGUACUCAGGCACCAUGAACAACUUUCUGGGCAGUGAGCCCAUCCUGAUGCGCACGCUGGGCUCCCGGCCUGUCCUCAAGACGGACACUUUUCUCCACUGGCUGCACUCUGAUGCCUCAUUCGUAGCCGCCAUCCCCUCGACCCAGGUCGUCUACUUCUUUUUUGAGGAGACAGCCAGCGAGUUCGACUUCUUCGAGAAGCUCCACACCUCCCGUGUGGCUCAAGUCUGCAAGAACGACGUGGGCGGAGAGAAGCUGCUGCAGAGGAAGUGGACCACCUUCCUCAAGGCGCAGCUGCUCUGCGCCCAGCCGGGCCAGCUGCCCUUCAAUGUCAUCCGCCACGCGGUCCUGCUGCCCGCCGGGUCGUCCACCGGUCCCCGCGUCUAUGCAGUCUUCACCUCCCAGUGGCAGGUUGGCGGGACCAGGAGUUCAGCAGUUUGUGCCUUCUCUCUCUCGGACAUUGAGAAUGUCUUUAAGGGGAAGUACAAGGAGUUGAACAAAGAAACUUCACGCUGGACUACUUACAGGGGCCGCGAGACCAACCCCCGGCCGGGCAGUUGUUCUGUGCUCCCCUCCUCUGAUAAAGCCCUGACCUUCAUGAAGGACCAUUUCCUGAUGGAUGAGCAGGUGGUGGAGACACCGCUGCUGGUGAAGUCUGGUGUGGAGUACACACGGCUUGCGGUGGAGACAGCCCAGGGCCUUGAUGGACACAGCCAUGUGGUUAUGUACCUGGGCACCUCCACCGGGUCCCUGCACAAGGCUGUGGUGAGCCGGGACAACAGUACUUAUCUGGUGGAGGAGAUCCAACUGUUCCCUGACCCUGAACCUGUUCGCAACCUGCAGCUGGCCCCCAGCCAGGGCGCAGUGUUCGUAGGCUUCUCAGGAGGUGUCCAGAGGGUGCCCCGAGCCAAUUGUAGUGUCUACGAGACCUGUGUCGACUGUGUCCUUGCCCGGGACCCCCACUGCGCCUGGAACCCUGAGUCUCGAGUCUGCUGCCUCCUGUCCACCCCUGACCAGAAACUCUGGAAGCAGGACAUGGAGCGAGGGAACCCGGACUGGGCAUGUGCCAGGGGGCCCAUGGGCAGGAGCCACCGGCCUCAGAGCCGCCCCCAAAUCAUUAAAGAAGUCCUGGUGGUCCCCAACUCCAUCCUGGAGCUUCCCUGCCCCCACCUCUCAGCGCUGGCCUCUUACCACUGGAGUCAUGGCAAGGGGACAAUCCCAGAAGCCUCUUCUGCUGUCUACAAUGGCUCCCUCUUGCUGUUACCCCAGGAUGGGGUUGGCGGCCUGUACCAGUGCAUAGCCACGGAGAAUGGCUUCUCCUACCCAGUGGUCUCCUACUGGGUAGACAACCAGGACCAGCCCCUGGCCAUGGAUUCGGAACUGGCGGGCAUUCCCCGGGAGCGCGUGCAGGUCCCACUGACCAGGGUCGGUGGCGGGGCUGCCAUGGCUGCCCAGCGAUCCUAUUGGCCUCACUUUCUCGUUGUCACUGUCCUUCUCGCCUUAGUGCUCUCAGGAGCUCUCAUCGUCCUCCUCGCCUCCCCACUGGGGGCACUCCGGGCUCGGGGCAAGGUCCAGGGCUGUGGGACCCUGCCCCCAGGGGAGAAGGCCCCCUUGAGCAGGGAGCCGUGCCUCCAGCCCCGAAAAGAAAGCCGGACCUCUGCCACUGAUCUGGGUGCCGAUAACAACCACCUGGGCACGGAGGUGGCUUAAACUGUGGGUGCAGGCUGGGCUUGUGAGUAGGACGUGCACCUAGCCUUGCUGGCCGUGGGCCCCAAGCCGUGCAGCCCUGACUAGCGGGGAGGAGAGUGGUGUGUAUGACGACCUCCCUCCUCUGACAGGAGCUGCCGUCUGCGGCCGCCACCGAUGGCACCCAGUGGGGCCCUGCAUGGAGCCUUCCUCCCCAUUGCGACUCCCUUCUACCAAGCACGAGGCUCUCUCAUGUGGGGCGCCCCCAGACCUGUACCUGUGCUGUGACGGGAGGACCUGGAGAGGGGUCUUCCAUUCUGGCCAUCCCAGGAGCCCUCCAGAAAUACCCUGCUCCAGAAGACCCUAAAACCCAAGUGCUGUAGGACCCCACGUAAUGAAGCCCACACGGCAACAACCAUAGGCUGGGACACCGCUCCUGGGAACUCACUCUGAAGGCAGCUGCUACCCUGGACACAAACACCUCCUGUCCCAGGGGCUCUAGGUCCUGCAGGGAGCUGACCCCUCUCGCUCCCCUAACUCCAGGGAGUUGUUCCUGAGCUCUGACCGCCUCCCUUCAUGCUUCAGUUGGGGCGGGCUGCUUCCUUUGUCCUGACUAACGUGGCGGGGGUAGUCUGAGUCUUGUUCUCCCCUUUACCCUGGCUAGCCCCUUGACGUCUCUCCUGUCUCUUUCCCCUUGAAAACUGCUUGUCACAGAAAAUUUAUUUUUUAUUAAAAAGACAAAAGCUUA